CCCGUUCCGAGUGUCAUUCCAAUUCAUGAGGAGCUUAGGGAAGGUUGUAAGAUUGACGUGCACGGUAAAGUACUACAUGGACAUCAUAAAAAUUUCGCCAUAGAACUGCUGUCGGGACCGCAUAUCGUUCUACAUGUGAACUUCCGUUUUCAUCAUGAACAUACCGUUGUGAUCAACUCAUACAGUCAUGGAUCGUGGGGAUCAGAGGUCCGCCACCACAAUCCACUUCAUCAUGAUCAACACUUCCACCUCCACAUUCAUGUUCAUCCAGGCCAUUAUGAUAUCGAAUGCAAUGGCGAACGCUUGGCAUCGUUCCAUCAUCGAUUCCCAGCUGGUUCAGUUCAAGCUCUCGGUCUGAAGGGAGAUGUUCACAUUGAGAAAGUCAACUUUGAAGGGUUCCACUUCCACAGAGAUCAAGGAAGAACCUUCAAAGCCGCUGGACAGUUUAGUGAUCAAAACCCUGUACCUAAAAUAAUUACAGAUUGGAACCAACCCAUGAACUAUGGCCACGGAGGAUUCAUUGGAUACGGUACAUCGUCGUAUGCUGGUCCAGCUAUGACGGUUCCCUGCGCUAUUCCCAUCCGCGAAACUCUUCGUCCUGGCUGUAUAAUCGACAUUCAUGGUAGAGUCCACACUGGCGAUUACAGAAAUUUUGCCGUUGAGCUCUUGUCUGGACCUCACAUUAUCCUUCACGUCAACUUCCGUUUCCAUGAAGAGUAUGAGGUGGUCAUGAAUUCGCAUAGCAAUGGAUGCUGGGGGGAAGAGAUCAGGCAAUGCAAUCCUAUUGGUCAUAACGAACCUUUCCAUCUUCGCAUCCGGGUUCGACCAGAUUGCUAUAAGGUUGAAGUAAACGGUGAAGUAGUGUGUCGCUAUCCUCAUCGUUACCCAAUGAAAGCUGCUCAAGCUGUGGGAAUAAAAGGCGAUGUGAUCAUCAAGAGGGUCGAGUUUUCAGGCUUCAUGUUCUCUGUCGACUGGAAUGAAGAACACGACUACGGGCAUGCUGGCUAUUCGGCAUAUGGUCUUGACCAUUAUGAGCCUCCUGUGGUAUGUUCACUUUUACAACUUUUCUUUACAGUAAUACUUGUAAAGUACAUUAAUUUGUUCGUAUCAUACAGGAAUUUGCUAAUCGAUUCAUGA